GUGAAAAGCGCGCGCAGCUCGAAAGAGACGGCCAGGAGCUCAGACUGAACACGGGACCGGCUGCUCGUCCUCUCCUCGCCAUGAGCUUCUGUCCCCGUCCUCCGGCCGGCUUCGGGAGCGGCAGCGUCCAGGAGCAGAGGGAGCGCUGGGACAGGAAACGCAGCCGGACGUCCAGGGAGCUGGUUCAGUCCGAACAGGACUACUGCCAGCGGCUGCAGCUGGUCUGCACCUUCUUCGUGGAGAUCCUGAAGGCCAAAGGAACCCUGAAGCAGCACCUCAGAGAAGCCAUCUUCAGCUGCAUCACAGCCAUCCAUUCUGCCAACCAGUGA